CGAAUUCGCGGAAUCUUUAUCAAUUUUUUUGUCUAUCGACUGUUCCCCCAACAAGAGAUGUAAGCGAAUCGAGAAAUCAAAAACAUCAAAUUAGGUGAGUAAAGUAGCUAUGGUAACGCAUUAUUAUGAUACAUUUUUAUAAGAUUGUGCUACGGGCGGGCGUGCGUGAGUGUUCGAUGCGACGCAGGUAUGCGAUACCGGUGCACGGUAUAAACUUGACCCGAAUUAAGAACAACGCUGCAUCUCUUGAGUUGAAAAAAAAAUGUUAUUGUUGCAAGAAAAGAUGGUUUUAUUAAAGCUCGUUUGCGGUCUACUUUUUUUCACUCGUUUCUUUUUCUUUUCAUUAGAGCCCGAACUAAAUUCAAACGUAUAUUAGAACCGUUAUGAUUCAUGGGUCAUUUGAAUUGUUAAUCCGGUCAGUAGUUUAACCCAUUCUCGCGAUACCGAAAGUAAGAAUCGAUAAGUUCGUUGAUUACAAUAUUUACGAUUGCAUCGUAAUGAAAAUUUUCUAUUUUUGACUUGGACUCAUCUUUACAGGCAUCAAACUGUGAGCUACCGCUGCUGCUGAUUCGAUGUUGUUAUCGCAGGCCAUUUUCGACGAUGAAAAUAUGGGCUCUCGUGCUCUCGGUGAUUGGCGCAUCGUUGGCCUGGAUCGGACGCGUCGCAGCUCAGGAAGUUUGGGCCGAUAUCGGAAAUAGGUACUCGCUGUCGGGCCCGAACGCCUUGACCAGGUCGACGCUGCUCGAUCGUCAAGAAAAACUGCAGAACAAGUGCGAGCAAUCGUCGAAGAGAGAAUUAACAAGAGAUCCCGAGUUGUUCAAGAAUCUCUUGGUCGAUGAUCAACAUAAACUGCUCUAUUGUUACGUUCCGAAGGUGGCGUGCACGAACUGGAAGCGAGUGUUGAUGGUUGCGACCGGAAAAUGGAAGAAGGUGAAUUCGGCUCUGGAGAUCCCGGCGGCUCUGGCGCACGCCAUCGGCACAUUUCAACGGCUCAGCAACUUCGAGAUGGCCGAGAUAGAGGACAGAUUGGCCACCUACAACAAGCUCAUAGUCGUUCGGCACCCGUUCGAGCGGCUGCUGUCGGCCUACAGAAACAAAUUCGAGGCGAAGAACGAAAAGAGCUCCAGCUACUUUCAGUCACGCUUCGGUAGAAAAAUAAUCAAGAAAUACAGACGUAAUCCCUCGACGGGAUCUUUGCUUCUGGGCGACGACGUGACGUUCAGGGAGUUCGUCGACUUCAUCGUCGACGACGACAACGAGAACGGGACGCGCAACGAGCACUGGCAGUCCAUAACCGACCUGUGCCAUCCCUGCUUAGUCAAUUACAAUCUCGUGAGCAAGUACGAGACGCUCGUGGAGGACGCGACAGAAAUUCUAGAGCGAAUCGGCGUCGAUUCCGUAACGUUCCCUUCGAGGCCGCGCAAUGUUGAACCGACCGAAAAUAUUCUGGAUAAAUAUUAUUCGAAGCUGAGCUACGGGCAAUUGCGCGAUCUGGCCAAGCUGUACCAUCGCGACUUUUAUCUGUUCGACUAUUCCGUGGAAAAGAUUCUCGGCUUCUCGAUCGCCUGAGGUGAAAUUUUUCUUUCAUCGACAAUAAAGUGAUUUCUAUUGUGAAUACUAAUUUGUAGAAUUGUAAUUAUUUAAGUAUUAAUUAUUUUGUAAAGAGUUAAUUUAAGCCUAUUGUCAUCGUGUAUAAAGUCUGAACUAAAAACUACGUUUAAUUAAAGCAAUCACGAGUCACGGAGCUUUUGUGUGAAUUAUUUCGUGUAAUUAUAUCGAUUGAACUUGAUGAAUAUUUCGUCGAAGAAAUUUCAGGGUCUACACCGACGUUCACUCGCACACCAUUUCUCAAUGAGAUGUGUAAAAAUCGUUCGUUUUUACGAAAACGAUC